AUGGACACCGACGCCGCGGGCAUGGACGAGGCGGAGGCGGCCUUCUUCGCGCGCCGGGGCCGCCGGUGCUGCUGCUUCCCCUGGCCCGCCUCCUCCUCCUCCCACCAGCGGGUCGGCGGCGGCGCCGCGGCGGCGGCGGAGGAGACCUGGUGGCAGCGCGCGGUGGACGCGGUGCUCAAGGUGCGCGAGUGGUCGGAGCUGGUGGCCGGCCCGCGGUGGAAGACCUUCAUCCGGCGGUUCGGCCGCAGCGGGCCACCCACGCGGCCGCACCACCACUUCAGCGGCCGCAAGCUCAACUACGACGCGCUCAGCUACGCGCUCAACUUCGACGAGGGCCACGGCGCCAGCCCCGAGGGCGACUACACCGGCUACCGCGACUUCUCUGCGCGCUUCGUCGCCCCGCCGGCCUCCGCCAAGUCGUCCAUGGACCUCGGCGGCCGCGACGCGCCACCGCUCUUCAACCCGCCGCCGCUGCCGCCCCACGACGGAGCCGGCCGGGCCUGA